CUCUACCUCCAGUCCCGGCCGUCCCCCAAAACCCAACGGCAUGGUGAACGCCAUUGAUCCAGUUCCCCAAGUUCACCACGGCCACAGCCCAGAUUCCUCUCUCCAUCAUCACUACGCGCCCCGGAAAGGGGAUGCCGUGGAGGUCUGCACGGACGAAGAAGGCUUCGUCGGCGCGUGGUUCCCGGCCACCAUCAAGUUCUUCUCCAAGAAGCGGAAGAAGAAUGCCGUGGUCCGCUAUGACACGCUAGUCAGCGACGACAACAGCCGCAUUCCGCUUACGGAGUCGGUCGACCCCGCUUUCGUCCGUCCGGUUCCGCCGCCGCCGCCGCCGCCGGGUAAUGACGGAGUGAAAUAUGCCGUAAACGACGUGGUUGAUGCAUGGUAUAAGGACGGAUGGUGGUAUGGGGUUGUGAGGAAGGUUCAUGAGGGAAAUAGGUACAGGGUUUUGUUCGAUAACCCGCCGGAUGCUAUCGAUUUUGAAGCCGUGAAUCUGAGGGCUCACUUGGACUGGGUUUCCGGGAAGUGGGUUCGACCCAAGAAGAAGCGAACGUUGGAAGGGGUUUUUAGCUUGGGAACCGAGGUAGAAGUAAACUUGGAUCAAGGGAAAGUGGGUGAUGCUUGGUUCCCUGCAAUUGUCAUCAAACAGAAUGAGGACGAAACUUUCUUGGUGAAGCGUGAGAGCUGGAACAGUUGUGAUGAUGGAGAACCAAAGGUUGACAUGCAAGUUGUAGACUCUACUCAUAUGCGACUCCCUCCUUGCAAACUGCGUUGGGAUUAUGAGCUGAUGGACCCUGUGAAUGCUAAUAUCGACGGGCAUUGGCAGAAAGGAAAAAUUACUCGAGUUUGUAUUGGGGGGCGGUACACUGUCCUUUUCCCGCAGAAAAAGGAAUACAGGGAAUUUAGCUGGUGGAGCUUAAGGCCUGAUUUUCAGCGGGAUGAUGGAGGACGGAAAACUGAAUCAAAAGCUGAAUCCAAGGAAAUUGUGAUUGCUCUGAGAAGUCAAGGAGAGGUGGAUUCUCAUUAUACUGCUGCUAACAAUCUUGAACCAGCUGUAACACCUGUUAGCCCUCAUCCUUCCAAUAAUCAUCCGAAAGAGAAAACACCUAGCUCCGUUGCCACAAGGAUUGUUAUGGUGGAUGAUUCAGCUGUACAUGCUAAAAGGUCUGCCUUGGAUGACUUGACCUCAAGCAAAAAGAAGAAGUUGAAGCUAGAUAUUAUCAGUCCGCAGUUACUUCACAAAAACGUAAACGAAGUGGAAACCAGAGAGGCCUGUUUAUCUGCAACAAAGCAGAAGGAAACUUCUUCAGGUCCGGAUAAAGAAACUCUUCCUGAUCAGAUGACUUCAAAGAUGCCAAAAGAAAGAGUAACAAAGCCCGAAAGUUCUCUGGAUUGCGACCAGCUUUCUGCGGAGACUAAGAAAAGACAGGCAAACAUCCACAACCUACACUGCCAAAAAGUAGCAAUUGUGACCAGCAAUGAAGAUAGAGAUUGUAACCCAGAGGAUGAUACUAUUACAGACAGCAAUGAAGCUGGGGGUGUACAGAAAGAAGAUAGACCCCCCGUCAACUUGGGGUUGGGAGCUGUUGGUCAAUCUCCUGAAUAUGGCAAACUGAAUCCUUCGGAAAAUCAAAAGAAGGAAAGUGAGACUCCGGGAGAACUGAGCUCGGAACACAAUCAGCAAGAGAGUGGAGAAAGAAAGAGGGAAAGUCCAGGGAAAUUAUGUCUCGUACCCUCAUUGACUGAGGAUGGUAAAGGAUUGUGUGACGGGAAACAUAGACAAGUCGAUCAAGCAACCAAUCCUGUUGUUUUGCCAUUCGUGAAGAGGUCACCAGCUUGGCAAUUAUUAGAAUCCAUGGAAGUAUUCAAAAACAUGUCACAAAAACCUCAUUUUCUCCCUCUCAUGGAAUGUAGCGAGGAUUAUCGUGAAGGGACAGCAAUUGGUAUGAUGGUAACUUUCUCCAAUCUGUUUGAGAAAAUAUCCAAUCUUCGGAUCCAUGAUGCUAGGGCUUUGUUCGAUAGCACUCUCAUAAAUUUAUCUAACUUGGAGAGCCAUGGAUUUGAUGUCACUGUGCCACGAGAUCGCAUAAACAAGCUCUUGUUGAUCCAAGAACCUCUAAGCAAGUGGUUGAAUGUUGUCAUGAAUUCUGAAAAGGAGCUACACGAGAACGAUGAAGAGAGGAAAAAUCUGUUUGCCAUGAUUGAGGAGAUUGCAAAGCAGAUAUCGGCAUUACAGCAAAAAGAGGCCGAAGCCAAGGCAAAGGUGGAUGCCGAAGAAGCCAGAGCUGCAGUUGUGCGUUCACAGGUUGAUGAAAUGAAGGUGUGCAUCAACAAUGCCUGUAAUCAGUUUGAACGUGUAGCUGCCAGCCCUUGGUAUUAACCCAGAUGAAUCGUGUCCUUGGAGAUAGAUGGAAGAACUAAAUAGUUAUCUUUUAACUUCAUGAAAAUGAACGAAGGUUUAACUUGGAAGCUGAGCUAAGUGGUAGUAGCAUACUAUGUAGAUGUAGGUUUAGAUAAUAGAUCCCUCUUUUUGGCUGCUGUCUGUUUAUGUUUGCCAAAACGGUUUUGGACUCGUUGUUUAUGUACAUUGUGGUCCGAGUAACAAGCAGCGGGGACAUCAUCUAUAACCGAAUUGAUAGAUCUGAUCAUCAAGUCUAAAGUUUAAUGACAUGUUUUUCUGUAGCCUCAAUUGAAAAAGAUGUGAUCUAAGGAUUGAUUGGUUAUAGCGUAGGUAAAUCGCCAACCAGCAGAAUUGUUUUCAAGGAAACAUUUCUCAAAAUAGUAAAUUUCGUUGAAUGCU